UUGAAUAAUGAAAAAAUCACGUUCUUGAAUUAUGAUUAGACCCCACCUGACUAGAUUGAAUUAGAUGAAUUUUCACCAUUAUUUUUGCCAUUAGAAGUGUGAACUCUCUUGGGGAAAAAUUUAAUAGUCAGCUCUCACAUUUAAUAUUCCAACAACUUUUUUAACGCCAAGAGAUUUUUUUUUUAACGCCAAGAGAUGAACAGACCGAAAUCCAAUCAAUUGCCCGCAGGCAUUAUAACGGACCCCAUUUGCCGCCUGCAGGCAGCGCCGCUGUAAGCUUCGCCCACCUACAUACUCUUCUCUCAUCCUCUGAUAGCGACCGCUAAGAUUUAGUGUUCUUCUGAAGCUCGUCUCUAAUUGCUUCUACAGCUGAAUUUUUCUCGGAGGCAAACGGACUAGUGUUGAGAAGAGAUGAACUCCUUGACUGCCAAGCCAUCCAUUUUUCUACCGAAUCCAUCUUCUUCUGUAUCGAAUGGGCCUCGGUUGCCCUCUUCUUUGGUGAGUUUCCGUUGGAGAUCGAAGAGUGUCGCUGGUUGUGGAAGAGGAAGGUUGGUGGUGAGAGUUCAAGCUAGUGGAGCUGCUAAACCAGAUGGGUCUAAUGACACCAAUGGCGCUCUGAGGAACAGGAGAGAAAUCCUGAUGGAGUAUGUCAAGACCGUGCAGCCUGAAUUUAUGGAGCUCUUCUCCAAGCGGGCACCCCCACUGGUGGUUGAUGCUAUGCGGCAGACUGUGUCAAAUAUGAUUGGGACUCUACCUCCACAGUUCUUUGCUGUGACUGUUAGCACUGUAGCUGAAAGUCUUGCGCAGCUUAUGUACAGCGUGUUGAUGACUGGUUACAUGUUUCAGAAUGCUCAAUACAGGCUGGAGCUCCAGGAGAGCUUGGAGCAUGUUGCUCUUCCUGAUGUGAAGGAGAAAGAGCUGGAUAAUACAGAUUAUGCACCCCGUACACAGAAGAAUGUAAGUGGUGAAGUUAUUAGGUGGAACAAUGUCUCUGGUCCUGAAACGAUUGAUGCUAAAAAGUAUAUUGAAAUCCUCGAAGCGGAGCUCGAGGAACUGAAUCGACAAGUUGGUAGAAAGUCCACACAUGGCGGCAAUGAGUUGCUUGAUUACUGCAGGAAUCUUGAACCCCAGAAUAUCAAGGAGUUGAGUAAUAGUGCUGGGGAAGAUGCAGUUGUUGCAAUGAACGCAUUCAUCAAGCGCCUUUUGGUGGUCACAGAUAAAGAGAAAAUGAAGACGAGCACGACAGAGACCAGUGCAGCUGAACUGGGGAAGCUACUCUACUGGCUGAUGGUGGUUGGCUACAGCAUCCGCAACAUUGAAGUCCGAUUUGAUAUGGAACGAGUGCUCGGUUCGUCCCCAAAGAUGCCCGAGUUGCCUUCAGGAGAAGCCUAGAGUCUAAUCUACACCUCCAGCGAUCCACUGUGUUUGAAACCAAGGCAACAAGAGUCGAUGUACCGUAAACAUUAGUCGAAGGCAUGGCAUGUAAUUGAGCAUAUUGUACAAAGUCACUCCGACUUCGAGUGCGACAAGCGAGCUCAUGGAACAGCUUUCAGUUCAUUUUAUUUUUUGUCCCCAUAUCCAGGCAGUAGGCUUAGAAGCUAUGCAAUGCUCUAGGGACUAUCUUCUGUUAAUUGUUGGUUAGUUCAAAUGAAUUGGUGCUUAUGCU